UUUUAGGUCUCUCGGCUGCAGUUUUCGUAAUUAAAGAAAGUUUAAAAAAAAGCAAAUAGCCGAGACAAAUAAUUUGUGAAAGUUCCGCAUAAGUACGAAAUUUCGGUUAUUGCAAAAAUGGAAUAAAAUCAUUUUAAUAAAUUAAAUCAAUAACUAAAUUCUUGGAAUUUGAAUGACCAUUAUUAGCCUUAUAAAUUAACGGCUUAUAAUGGAUCCCCUUAGUGUUGGAGCAUCGCAACUGCAACUACAAAUUCGCAGUGAAGAUGAAAAUUGUAACGAUAAAAAUACGAAACAAGAUGAUGCAUUUCGAGAAGUUAUUACAAGUUGUCGAUCUCUUAGCAGUUUUGAAACAUCUUGUCUCAAAACAGCAAUGCCUCAAAUCGGAGUUUCAAUUUGCAGUGCAAGCUUCCAUAUUGUGGUUGGUGUUGCACUUUCAUAUUCCGCCGUACUUGUGCCUCAACUUGAAGCUGAAGAUAGUGGAAUUCCAGUAACAAAAUUUCUUACAAGUCUCGUUGCUUCGAUCAUUACUUUAAUGGUGCCAGUAGGUGCAAUUAUUGCUGGUUACAUGAUGGACAGUUUGGGACGGAUCAACACGAUUAAAGUAGCAGCGAUUCCAGCAAUUCUCGGACUCCUUUUAAUUGCAACAGCAACAAAUGUUUACUUUAUACUCGCUGGUCGAAUUUUUACUGGCGUUGCUUGUGCAAUGGGAACAUCGCCAGCUAUCGUCUACAUUACAGAAGUGGCUCGAGCUGAUCUUCGAGGAUCAUUAAUCUCAUCAGGUCCAACACUUGCAUCAUUCGGAAUGGUUUUGACAUACAUCGCUGGUGCUUUUCUAAACUGGAGAACUGUUGCAUGGCUUGGAAUCUUAUUCACAAUCUUUCCCAUAAUUCUUAUUUGGAUUUAUGUUCCCGAAUCACCAGUUUACCUGGUAACACAUGGUCGCAUUGAAGAUGCUGCCAAAUCUCUUCAAUUUCUCUACAAGAAAUAUCCUCCACCUGAGAACUCACUUGAAUCUCUUGCUGACAUGCAUUUAAGAGUUUUGAUGAGGGACAAUGAAAAACGACUCAAUAAAAACAUGUUGAAUGUCAAUAGCAAAGGAAAACAGAAAUCAAAAUGGGCUGGAUUUGCAAAGCCGACAGGUUAUAAACCUUUGACAAUUCUCUUCUUUUUCUUCUUGAUUCAACAGUUUAGUGGAAUUUACAUCACGUUGUUCUUCUCAGUGACAUUCUUACAGGAUGUUGGCGCUGACGGAAUUGAUCCAUUUGUUGCGUCAAUUUUUCUUGGCGUUGUACGUUUCGUCAUGUCGUGCUUAAACGCAUGGCUGUUGAAAAGAUUUAAGCGUCGUUUCCUUGUUAUGUUAUCAUCAUUUCUGAUGGCUGCAUUGAUGUUUAUAUCUGGAACGGUGACUAUUUGGAUUCAGAACGGUGCCACAGAGCUUAAAUGGGUGCCAGUCGUCUGUCUUCUACUUUAUGUCUGUGCAAGUAUGAUUGGAUUGCUUAUGAUUCCUUGGACAAUGACAGCAGAACUUUUUCCAAAUGAAAUUCGUGGCCUUGGUCACUCCUUAAGCUUCUCAAUUGCAAAUGUUAUCAUGUUUUUCGCGGUACAAAGCUAUCGAACGUUACUCGAUGUUCUUGGUGGUUCACAUGCUGUUCAAUGGUUCUUUGCAUUGAUUUCAAUUAUUGGAUUCUUUUUCGGACUCUUCUUUCUUCCUGAAACUCAUGGCAAAAAGCUUUCAGAGAUUGAAGCUUAUUUCGAGAAGAAAUCUUCAUCUAAAAAGAGUCGAGUGGUUGCAAGUGAUAUUUAUAAUGUUUCAACAAACGCCAAAGAAAUUGAACAAAUGCUUACAAAGAAAGAAAAUGCUUAACUCAAGUGGCUUAAUCACAUGAUUAUUAUCAACAUUCACUUGAAUAUUUUCUGUAGGAUCAUAAACAGUGAUUAAUUUUUUUAAAUGAACAACAAUCUUCAAGUGUACUUAAAAAAGAUUUUAAUUUGAAGUAUCUGACUUAAGUGUCUCAAAUAUUCAGUACAACUAUGAGAAUGAUAUGAUCAAAAGUAAAAGUAUUUAUAACUAUCUAAAAUAAAGUAUUUAAUUAUAUUUUUUGUUCCUUAAUAGCUUAAAGAUUAUAAAUAUUUAUAAACAGAUUAAAUAAAUCUAUUCGCUUCAUGAAAAUAUAUUUUGUUUGUUUUUCUAGUGUUUAUUGUUAUGCACGUUUUGCUGAAAGA